UGUACAUUGCCUGUAUCCACUACAACACCUGAGCGGAUGUUUUCAUCCCUUAAAAGAAUAAAAACAUACUUAAGAAAUAUCAUGUCUAAAGAUCGAUUGAAUGAAUUAACUAUGUUGGCUGUCCACAAAAACAUACAUAUUGACACAGAAGAGAUAAUAAACGAGUUAGCCAAAAAACUUAGGAAAUUGGAUUUUAUCUUAUAA